UAGUCCUCCCUUUCCCCCUUCCCAACGCGGCACACUGCAGUGAGAGCACGGCAGAAAUGCAGACCGAAGGGGGCCAACGGUGGGCAAGAAGGGCUCUGCUCCUCGGCGUCCUCUGGGCCACCGCACACUUGCCUUCUUCAGGUGCACCCUUGCCCCGGCGUCUCCUGAGGGCCACAGGAAAUAGCACCCAAUGCACUGUACGUCCAUCCCUGGAAUUUCCUGAAGGGUUUUUCACAAAACAGGAGCGCACAGAUGGAGGCAUUGUAAUCUACUUCCUAAUUAUCCUGUACAUGUUCAUGGCCGUGUCUAUUGUCUGUGAUGAGUACUUCCUACCCUCCCUGGAAAUCAUCAGCGAAUCCCUUGGAUUGUCUCAGGAUGUUGCAGGUGCAACUUUUAUGGCAGCCGGUAGUUCAGCUCCUGAGCUGGUUACUGCUUUCCUGGGUGUAUUUAUCACAAAGGGAGACAUUGGCAUUAGCACCAUUCUUGGAUCUGCAAUGUAUAACCUCUUUGGCAUCUCUGCAGCUUGUGGCUUACUAUCUAAUGUGGCCUCAACGCUAUCAUGUUGGCCCUUAUUCAGAGACUGUGCAGCAUAUGGAAUUAGUGUAGCUGCAGUUCUUGGCAUAAUAUUCGACAACCAAGUUUACUGGUAUGAAGGAACUUUACUGCUUUUGAUAUAUGGAUUAUAUGUUUUGGUGCUGUGUUUUGACAUUAAAGUUAACCAAUAUAUUAUAAAGAAAUUCAGCCCUUGCUGCACUUGUCUUGCCGAAACUAUGGAGAGGAGAAGUGAGCAAGAACCACUGAUGGGAUGGGAAGACGAGGGUCAGCCACUCAUCCGUCGGCAAUCAAGAACUGACAGUGGGAUUUUUCAUGACGAUUCUGGCUACUCUCAGCUUCCUUUAAGUUUACAUGGUCUUAGUCAGGUUUCUGAAGAUCCACCAAGUGUUUUCAAUAUGCCUGAAGCAGACUUAAAAAGAAUUUUUUGGGUACUAUCCCUUCCUAUCAUUACCUUACUUUUUCUAACCACACCAGAUUGUAGAAGAAAGUUUUGGAAAAAUUACUUUAUGAUAACCUUUUUCGUGUCGGCACUAUGGAUAUCCGCAUUUACAUAUAUCCUGGUUUGGAUGGUCACAAUAACUGGGGAAACAUUAGAAAUUCCAGACACAGUAAUGGGCCUUACUUUAUUAGCAGCAGGAACAAGCCUGCCAGACACGAUUGCCAGUGUGUUGGUUGCAAGAAAAGGCAAAGGAGAUAUGGCUAUGUCUAACAUCGUGGGAUCCAAUGUGUUUGAUAUGCUGUGCCUAGGUGUUCCAUGGUUUAUUAAAACUGCAUUUAUAAAUGCAUCAGCUCCUGUAGAAGUGAACAGCAGAGGACUAACUUACAUAACCAUCUCUCUCAACAUUUCUAUUAUUUUCCUUUUUUCAGCAGUUCACUUCAAUGGCUGGAAACUAGACAGAAAGCUGGGAGUAGUCUGCCUAUUAUUAUACUUGGGGAUUACCACAUUAUCGGUUCUAUAUGAACUUGGAAUCAUCGGAAAUAAUAAAAUAAGGGGCUGUGGAGGUUGAUAUUAAUAGGGUUAUGUGGAAAACGUGGAUGAUGGGAGAAGGAAGAGCAGGAAAACUCCAUUUCUUCAUUUAAGUCAAAUAAAAAAUAUCCUGAACUUUAGAAUCUAAAACUUACUUACAGUAAUUCUUCAUCACCAAAGAAAAGUAAUUUAAAACCAACCCAAAAUCACAUCCUAAUUUGUCUGAGCCCUUUCUUUUCAAGGACAAUUACAUAUAUAAAAUGGAAGUUUUGAAAAAACCAUCUGUUUUACCUUACAGUAAGUUGAUAAAAGUUGAGGAAACUUGGACAAAUCCCACUAUGUAGUACUGAAAGUAACAACAAGAAAAAUGGCUUAUUUCAUUAAAAACAGUAUAACCAUUCAUUUAAACUGAAUGACCAACUUGCUGUCUUUAAAAACCCAAACUUGAGAUUAACAAAAACCACAGUAUAUUUAACACUAUACUGUUAAAAGCUGGUGGGAGUUUUAAAAGUUCAUUUUUACAGCUUUUGUAAGCAUACAGUAUUACUAAAAAAAAAUGACUUUUUCUAGGAGAUUCAGCAAAACAGAUGUAAGAAUGUUCCAACCGCGGUUUAAAAUUACGCAUUACGAUCCAAGCGAACAUCGAUUUCUCUGCCACUGAUUUUUAUGCCAUUCAUUAUUCUGCAUGCUUUUUCAGCUGAUUCUGGGGAGUCAAAUCUGACUGUUCCACAGCCUUUUGACUUUCCAUUCUCCAUUUUUAUUUCUGCAAACAUUACAUGACCUGUGAAAGAAAAAUUAUAAAAUUACUAGUCAGUUUAAGUGGAUUUCAUCUCACUACACAGGUCUGAUAUUCCUCAUAGCCAAUGAAAUGAUAAAUAGCUGGCUAAAAAUAUUAAUGAUUUAAAAAUAACAUCAUAUAAACAUUAUUCUCAUCAUUUUACAUUCUGAAUAUAAACAUGUUAAAGUAUACAAAAUAGGAAUAAAAAUAAAUUUGCUUAGGAUUUAAUAUUUUAUUAAAGUAGAACAUAAAAAAAUACUUUUAAAUUCUUAGUUUCUGAAGUAAAUUUAUAGCAGCAAGGCAAACAGCAUAAAAUGCCAGCAAGUCACCAUGCACAAUAACAAACUUACAAAUAUGAACAAAAUUACUGUUAGAAAAAAAAAAUUUUUUUUCACUUUCUACCCAAUCUCCCCAAUCUCUCCUUUCCCUUAUAUCUUCCUUUUCAUUAUUUCACCACUGCAAAUAGUAGCAACUGCCCAGAAUUUCAAUUUUUACCAGGCCAAAAAGGGCCCCACUAAUUCUACUUAUUAACCACAGUGCCAUUUUAUUUAUUCAAUACCACAAUUUGAACUCCAGUGUAAGAGUGGUACCAAAUAGGUUAUGGAAAUAGGCAUGGAAGAGAUAGCAUAGAUUAAAUCAAUAGAAGUAACAGUGAUGGUAAGGCCCAAAGAACCUCAGAGAAGCUUCGAGGAGGAGGAAGAAAAUCAGACAAUUAUUGCAUAUACAGGUAAUAUCACUGCUGAUAUUCAUCAAAUCAUUCAUCAAAUUACAAAAUAUCCAUAAACAUCCACCACCCAAACCAGAACACCUUUGAGAGUAAAAUGGAGAGUGAUUAGUAAUUACACACAAAUAACAGAUGAAAAGGAAACUAUCCCCAGGCAAACUGGGAUGUAUUAUCAUCAGAUCCACACACAUUUAGGGGAGUUGUGUGCCCACUUACCAUAUUUCCUUUCCUUGAAUAUUAUAUAGUGGCCAAAUCACUACAGACUAAUUUUAGUCUAGCAACAUACUUAGAAAGCCAAACAUAUUUAGUUCUAUAAAGGGACAAAAAAGGAGAGGGAGAUAAUAAAAGCCUUAUUAAAAAAAAAAAUUGCAUAAGCCCUUUCCCAGGUGAUAGGAUCUAUUUUAACUUCAAUGCAGGAGUAGAAAAAAAAUUUUUUUUUCUGUUUAAAUCUUGAUCUGAAUGAUUUAUUAUCUAUAACAUCCUGGACUACUCUGUUUUUGUUUUUUCAACCAUUUCCCCAAUCCCACCCUUACUGCAUUUUUUAAAACCAACUGGUAAUCAACUGCUCACCCUAACUAAAUGGUCCAAGUUAAUAAAUGUCAUGAGUCAAAACCAUGAUCUUGUAACCGAGGCCAGGGAGCCUUUAACUGUUCUAGAAGUUAUAAAACAUACUAAUCCCCAGAAAAAAAUUAUAUUAUCAUGGUUAAAGUAAAUUCAAACAAUAUAUAACCAACCUACAAUUCGUUAAAACAAAACAAAAAACAUAGAAAUCACAUUUUCUAAUAAACAACAUAAAAUGAAACUUUAAAAAACUUUAAAGAUAGAUGCAAAGCAAUUUCCAGAGUCCUCUUAAUAUUGUGAAUGCUGAGACCUGGAAAAAGAAGUUUAAUUAAAGCAUAACUUGGUCAAAGACAGCACAGUACGGUGAUUUUGGUGGAUUACUGUGGAGAAUUUUCAAGGGCUUUUAAAGUUAGAGGUUCUUCCUUAUCUACUUUCACCUUUCAUAAAAACUUAGGGCUUCUCUUAA